AUGUUAUACCUGCACCACAGCAGGAAGAAGACCAUGAAGCUGACCAGGGCUCUGUCAGACCUGGUCAAAUACACCAAGUCAGUGGGCGUCUCCGACAUAGAGAAACAAGCUGCCAGCUUCAGUUGGCAGGUGUCGUCUCUGAGCGAGACCAAGGCCCACCAGAUCAUGCAGCAGAAAGCUGCCACCUUCAUCCACUUCAACCAGCGGCAGCUCUCGCGCGUCUACCCCUCCUCCUACCGCGUGGACUCUUCCAACUUCAAUCCCCAGCCCUUCUGGAAUGCUGGAUGCCAUCUGGUGGCGUUGAACUACCAGUCAGAGGGGAGAGUUCUCCAGCUGAACAGAGCCAAGUUCAACAGCAACGGCAACUGUGGCUACAUCCUGAAGCCGUCCUGCAUGUGUGAAGGUGCCUUUAACCCCAUGAUAGAGGAUCAAUUUCCAGGGCAGAUGAAGAAACAGCUGGUGCUGAAGAUCAUCAGUGGGCAACAGCUGCCAAAGCCCAAAGACUCUAUGCUGGGGGACAGAGGAGAGAUUAUCGACCCCUUUGUGGAGGUCGAGAUCAUUGGUCUACCAGUGGACUGCUGUAAGGAACAGACCAGGGUGGUGGAUGACAAUGGCUUUAACCCCAUGUGGGAGGAGACACUGGUGUUCACGCUGCACAUGCCCGAGCUGGCGCUGGUCCGUUUCCUGGUGUGGGACCAUGACCCCAUCGGCCAGGACUUCAUUGGCCAGCGCACCAUCGCCUUCAACAGCAUGAUACCAGGUUAUCGCCACGUGUAUUUGGAAGGUAUGGAGGCAGCCUCCAUCUUUGUUCAUGUGUCUGUACAUGACAUCACUGGUAAGGUAGGUAGUAAGGGAAGUGACGAUGGUUUUUCACCCACAGGGCCUUUUUGUUUUAUAUCUGUACAUGGUGACCAUCCCCCCCUCACGCUGUACAUGGUGACCACCCCCCUCAUGCUGUACAUGGUGACCAUCCCCCCUCAUGCUGUACAUGGUGACCAUCCCCCCCUCAUGCUGUACAUGGUGACCAUCCCCCCUCAUGCUGUACAUGGUGACCAUCCCCCCCUCACGCUGUACAUGGUGACCACCCCCCUCAUGCUAUACCUCGUAACCAAGAUCCUGUCCAACAUUAGUCCCAACAACCCCCAGGGUUCGUCAGGCCGCCGGGCGAGGAGGGACCUGGUGUCUGUAUCUGGUGGUGGGGGUGGAGGGGUCGGAGCAGCCUCAGAACCAGUCUUCCACAGGUCCCGUCGCUCCCUGGUCUCCCCUCCUACUCCUUCCCCCAGCCGGGAGCCCUCUCCGGGGCUUCUGAGGGUCAAGAGGCUGGGGUACAUGGAAGAGGGCCCUGUAUGGCUUGGGGGAGAGAGGGAGGGCCACAAGACCCCAAACCAUGCUGUGGGGUUACAGAGGAUGAAGAGGAUCGACGCCGAACUACAGGCCCAGCCUGGUGGGAGGCCCAGCCGCAGGAGAAGAGCCCUGAACUACGACCCCAUAACCCACGACCCCGAGCUGCUGGUCCAACACAUCCUACACUACCUGCCACAGUAG